GAAGAGCUAUCGGCCAUUAUUCGGCGAGACGUAAGCUUGCAGCUGGCAAUAGGUAGUGUACGAUCAAGAUUUCUGCCGCUAGCAAGCUCUCGCUCAAAAAUUCCCAGGGAAGCAGCAAUGGCCGACAAGGAACCUCUGUACACUCCCUUCUUCGGCGUCAUGGGAGCCGUUGCAGCUAUGGCGUUUAGCGCGCUUGGAGCUGCCUAUGGUACAGCAAAGUCGGGCACAGGCAUUGCAGCCAUGUCUGUGAUGCGGCCAGAGCUCAUCAUGAAGUCCAUCAUUCCAGUAGUCAUGGCGGGUAUUAUUGCUAUCUACGGCCUCGUCGUUGCUGUGCUUAUCUCCAGUACCAUCAAGCCAGACUACAAAUUAUUUUCUGCGUUCCUGCACCUGGGAGCUGGACUGAGCGUAGGGCUGAGCGGAUUGGCAGCUGGCUUUGCCAUUGGCAUCGUGGGCGAUGCCGGCGUUCGUGGUACGGCGCAGCAGCCCCGGCUGUUUGUGGGCAUGAUUCUGAUCCUCAUUUUUGCUGAAGUGCUCGGGUUGUACGGUCUCAUCGUGGCUCUGAUUAUGUACUCCCGCGGUUGAGCACUUCUUCGUGACGCCAGCCCCCGCCCCCUCCACAAACACCAUCGCCCCUCCCAUCCCUGCCCGCCACCAAGCCCCACUUCCCUCCAGUGCCAGCGUCGUCCUACCUGCCCUGCGCCGCAUGUCUUAAAUGGUACCCCAUCCUGCCCCCAGAGUUCCACUUGGCUAAGCAAGAAGGAAAGAGGUGUAGACAGUCUUGAUCGCUUUUUAUUUUCUGGUGUGACAUUUCUUGCAGCCCUGAAGCCAACUGUCUGAGCAUGUAUGGCAAACCUUGUCCGCCAACUUUGUUUCUCGCACCUUGCCCUGUAAUAUUGCACUGCAGGUGGCAUGCGCGUGUCGGUGUAUUUAUUGAAGUUUAAGAAACUUUUGUUUCGUUUAGUUAUUUACAGGCGCCAUUUCUUAUUUGAAUGCUUCCUGCAUGCGCAUAUUCGUUCUCUGCUCAUGUCACAGUUGCUGUGCUUGCUAGUGUCAUAUCUGCAUUCUGCGAACACCUUUUUCUAUCUCCUACACCUCUCUGCUUGCACCUACUGGACGUUGAGCAAAUGGAUGUGCAGAGCUCACUUGUGGAUCGCUGGCCAGUCAUUGUCUGCUGCUCCGUUGUAUCGGAACAUAGUGCUGCCAGUUUUGAUUUGGCAACCAUCUGCUGCGUCUGGCUGUCGGGUUGCGGACAUUCCAAAGAGAGCUAGCCCAACUUUUAUGCCCUGUGGAUCCAUUUGUCCCCUCCCCCCCACCUUUGUUUUACUUGUUAAUGGUGAUACUGCAUGUAGUUGGCUCACCCUGUUACCUGUUCAAUCUUUUUAAUUGCACUGCUUUACAGAACAAUCUUUUAAAGCUGGCUGCAACAAAAAAUUGCCAGCAUUCAUGCCUUGAGUCGUCUGCAUUCACUGGAUGUAAUAGCUGAAGCACAUGUGCUGGUCAGUGUUAGUGAGAGAAAACGUGGCAUGGUUAGGCAGUGCAGCAUUCUGCAGCCAGCCUGCAACUUCACACUUCCAGCCAGAAGCAUUCACCCAGAAGUUAGCUUACAGCUGGAACAGGCAGUUUGCGAAUUUAAUGGUAUGUGUGUGUGUGUGUAACAACACACAUUCACUAGACUGGAGUGGAGUGUGCAAAUUGACAAAUGGCUAUUUGGAAAAAUCUAAUUGAAGGGAAUAUAGUGCACUGCUGCCAGCCACUCAAUCACUCAGUGUGCUUCAGCAAGUUGCAGGCUGUCUGUUGACUGAUGGAUUUGCAGAAGUGUACUCGGCUGGAGCGCAGCGAUCGGAACAUGUGUUAGACAUGUUUUCCCUGCGAGCUUUCCACAGGAGGCCCACUGGGGACCCACUGCCCUCGUGCCCAGAUGAGUUUUCAAGUAAAGGUUAUAAAACACAGGUUUCACUCUAUGUAUAUGUGACCGAAAUGGGGGCAUCCAAUCCCCAUUCACAUGUGUAGGAUUCUUUCAAUAUCGACUGCCACUGGAUUGCAAAUGUGAGGUUUGAGUAAUUGUUGUGCGCUAGCAUUGUUGGACCGAGCCUCUACUUAUGUCCUACUAAACAAGCAUGCGCCCUCCCGUUGUUUCUCUGCUGCCAUGGGUGCUGCUGCGACAGUGCUGAGAACACAAAGUGCCAGCAUGUUAAGUCUGGAAGAAAAAAAAAAUGGCACCACCCACGCGCACAUGCUUAUAAAUAUAGAUGUCUGCAUUAUGACUGUAACCAGUUUUUCUGUGUAAAUACAUCGGUAGUACUGUGAUCUGGUGAGCGCAUGUAUGUUUAACCGAGCUGUAAACAGAAAUUUUCAUCUAGGUAUUGUCCUGCAUUAGCGACACAUCUGUUGACGUGACUGUUUUGGAAGUUGAUUCAUUUCGUUUUUUCUCUCCAAAAUGUUCUCUGUUGGCAGGUGGUAUGAAGUGGGUUCAAUUCCCUGUAAUAUAGUAGUGGUGUAUGUGUAUGUAUGUAUAUAUGUGUCAUAUACAUACUUCUUUGCGGUUACUGUUUAUUUCUUUUUCUGAAAAAUAAAGAUGUUUUUUUUGUUCA